GCCACCCACGCCCCCCCCUCCCCCGAACGCCACGUGGGCCGCGCCUGCGCGCCGCGCCGCGCCGCGCCCCGCCCCGUCCCGGAAGCACUUCUGGCUCGCUGAGGCGACCCGGAAGCAGCCCCAGGCACCGGGGUGGGCGCGACGGGCCGGACUGAGGCAAGGCUGCGGAGCGCAGCUGCUGCCGGACAUGGCGGGCACGGCGCUUAAGAGGCUGAUGGCCGAAUACAAACAAUUAACACUGAACCCUCCAGAAGGAAUUGUGGCAGGCCCCAUGAAUGAAGAGAACUUUUUUGAAUGGGAGGCACUGAUCAUGGGCCCCGAAGAUACCUGCUUUGAGUUUGGUGUUUUUCCUGCCAUCCUGAGCUUCCCAUUGGAUUACCCAUUGAGUCCUCCAAAGAUGCGCUUCACCUGCGAGAUGUUUCACCCCAACAUCUAUCCUGAUGGCAGAGUCUGCAUCUCCAUCCUCCAUGCACCAGGUGACGAUCCCAUGGGCUACGAGAGCAGUGCCGAGAGAUGGAGCCCUGUGCAGAGCGUGGAGAAGAUCCUACUGUCGGUCGUGAGCAUGCUGGCGGAACCCAAUGACGAGAGUGGCGCUAAUGUAGAUGCUUCUAAAAUGUGGCGGGACGACCGUGAGCAGUUCUACAAGAUUGCCAAGCGGAUUGUCCAGAAGUCCCUAGGGCUGUGAGGCUGUGCCCGGGCUCAGGCGUACGCACGCACUCACCCCGGAGCAGCUGUACCUGCUCCUGUGCACAUGGUAGCACACGGUGGUUUGCUGGCACCAAACAGGCAACCUACAGAACCACAGCCUGUAGUCUCUUACCUUUCCACCCAGACAGGCUUUUCUCUGGAACCAGCAACUCACUGCUUGCUGCAGCGUCCCAGGUCUCCCCCGCCUCUCAUGCCCAGGUCAGCCGUCCGCCCUGUCGUCACUACCUCUCCUUCCUCAGCAGUGAGGCCUGCAGCUGCUGUCUUGUCCUGGGGCACAGGCCAGCCUUCAGGCUAUGAUACCAGCAAGGCUCCUAGCGAAGACUUGUGGCCUUCGAGGAAGCUGUGGGCAGGGCUGCAGGCUCGGAGUGCCUGGUCCUGUGCCCUGGGAGGCAUUUGCUGCCUUCUCACCUGGUGUUUACCAACAGGGCUUGUUCUGACACUUAGAGGUCCUCCAGGAGACGCUUUGAAAAUGCACCUGUGAGGAGCAGGGAUGUGGAAUACAAGGUUACUUCUGGCCACAAAACUGACGGCUUCUUCCGCUUGCAUUUUAGGGGCUUGUAUUCAGGUCUUUGUUAUUGGCGCUCGCUAGAGAGCAAGGUUGAGAAGAGCUUUAAAGUUUUAGUGAUGCUUUCUCCUGGAUUCUGCAAAGCUUUCGCUCUUUGAUCUAAAGCGGAGCAGCUCCAGGGUUCUGCCCUGUACACUGCAGCUGCCCUAGGAAGCCCACUGCAUGGCAGUCUGUGACUUUGAUGUGGUCUGAAUGUCCCUGUCAGCGGAUGGCGCUGAGCAGCCCUGUGCCUGGCGGAGGCUCACACAAGCAAUAAAGAACCUGUCUCGUGCAGGAGCGAACACCCGGCCUGUUCCACACGGGUUCGAUCUAAAUAGGAGUUUCUAUUUUUAACAUAAGAGACAGCACGGGAGAUGUGCACUGGGCCCACUUCACAUUGCCCUUCUCCCUGCGCUGACGCAGCCCUCAGACUGCCACCUUUUCAGCCCCUCCUCGUCUCAUGGCAUGAAUAAGUCCUGGGCUGAGGUUCCUCAGGCGCUCUGUGGAGCCAGUUCCUUCCCUCUCGAAGGGCGGUGUUCACUGCUGAAGUUCCGUGUGGAGACUGCAUCUGGGGCAGGAAGAGAGAUUGUUACAACUCAACAGUAUUUCCAGGCAUGAGGAGCUGCAGCCUGGGGAAGUGGCCUGUGCGUGCAGUGGGAGCCACCGCAUGCAGUGGCCACACCAUGACGAGGCACCUCUAGGUCUCGGGGUGAAGAGAGGCAGUCUCUUUACAAAGCAAAGUAUUUUUAUUCAUUUGUAUUUAUUAAGUGAAAAGUCCCUUGUUGUCCCUCUUCUGUGGUGGAAUUUACUUACUGUUAUAAAAUAAAGUAAUUAUUCUGUA